AUGGCCUCAUCAAGUUCAAACUCUAAUAUUCCAUUAUCCACUUUUGUUGAUCAAUUUGUGAUCGAUAUCCAUAACAUCUGCAGCAAUGAUACCCCUGUUCGUAUUCGUGUGUUCAAAGUGCCAGAGUCUCUAAGCGCUUCCAAGCCCGAAGCUUACUUCCCUCAGAAAGUAGGCUUAGGACUACUCCAUCAUAAUCGGUCCGAGAUUGGAGCAAUGCAGAUGUACAAGCUUGAUGUGGCAAGGAGAGCUCAUAAGGCAUUCGGAGGCAUUAAGUUCGGUGAACUCACUGAGCAACUCAUGAAGCAAGUACCAUUUAUCCGUGCUAGUUACCCGACGUACUUGAGCUACAAUGAUUCUGCAAUAGCAUAUAUAAUGGCGGUUGAUGGUUUGUUUUUGUUCAAGUUGCUUUCUAAUUUUUUCGCCUCCGUAUGGUUUGAUCAUCAGUAUCGAUCAAAAACAGUCAUACUUCUUCCUGAUCAUCACGACCAUGAUCUGACCCCUCCAGAUAUUUUGCUUAAUUUGGUUAAAAGAGAAGAUGCUAGAUUGGAUCAGGAUGGGAUGAUCCUUAGAGACACAGUGAUGCUCGAGAACCAAAUUCCACAGUUUGUUCUCAAGGCUAUCUUGCACAUGGAAUGCUCAGAGAAACAGUCUCAUCCUGCCGUUGAAAACUAUGUGAAUCGAAUGUUGCUCGGUUAUUGUAGGACACUCUCUCCCUUCCACUUGUUUGACGUACCUUUAUCAGCAUUUAAUGGUGAUCAUGAUCAUUUGUUGGCUCUUUUGUACCUAUUGAUUAUGUCGCCGCCCGAAAGUCUUGUAGGUGGCUUAGACCAGCCAGUAGCAGGCGUUGGAGGGCCUUUGAGGUCUACAAUCCUGGAAGUAUUGGGUGGAUUAUUAACAGAUCUACUAGGCAAUAUUGGAACACUCAUUGACCCGGUGAUACGUGUAGUACCUGAGCUUCCGUGGUCUGAAAUAUUUCAACGCAAAGCUCAAGUUACGGAGGACAUCUUGAUUCCUACUGCGUCACACCUUUGCGCGGCUAAAGUGAAUUUUCAGUCAACGUACAACAUCACAACCAUUGAGUUUGACCGUGAAAGAAUUUCACUUCGGCUCCCCGCCAUUAAAGUAGGGGUUAACUCGGAGGUUGUAAUUAGAAACUUAGUGGCAUAUGAAGCAUUGUCCAAGUCAGAAGAUGAGCCUUUACUUUUUGCACGGUACAUUCAACUCAUGAGUGGGAUUAUAAAGACUGCGGAUGAUGUGAAGCUACUCAGGGAUCAAGGUAUUAUAGACUACAAGUCCAUGGAGGAUGACGAAGAAAUUGUGAAAAUAUUCAGUAGAUUAAUGAGUACGCCAGUACGAGUAAUUCAUCCCAAAAAGAAAAAGGCAGCAAAAGAUGAUGAUGAAUACAUAGAAAAGGCCAUUGAAGGUGUUAACGAGUACUACAAUGGGUUACGAAAGGUUAAGGCUCACAAAAUCAUCAAGAAGUGGGUGUCAAGUUUAUGGCAAAUGCGCACUCUUUUUGCUGCAAUCUUGCUCUUGUCACUAGUGGCUCUCCAGACGUAUUGCUCCGUCUUCGGUUGUUCUCGUAUCUCCAACAAGACCAACCAAUAG